UACUUAAAGACUGCGUUAGCAACCCCCCUGACACAGGAGCACAAACACAGAGACAGUCAGCAUGGCUAGUAAGAAAGCUGCAGCUAAGAGGGGUAAACCUGCUCAGAGGGGCUCCUCCAAUGUCUUCUCCAUGUUUGAGCAAUCACAAAUACAGGAGUUUAAAGAGGCAUUUGGCUGCAUAGAUCAGAACCGGGAUGGAGUUAUUAACAAAACUGAUCUGAAGGAAACAUAUGCACAACUAGGAAAGCUGAACGUGAGUGAUGAAGAGCUGGAGUCGAUGUUAGCAGAGGGAAAAGGGCCCAUCAACUUUACUGUCUUCCUCACUCUCUUCGGAGAAAAGCUCAAUGGCACAGACCCAGAAGAAACCAUUCUUGCUGCUUUUAAACUGUUUGACCCGAAUGCUACAGGAGUUGUCAAUAAGGACGAGUUCAGAAGGCUGCUAAUGAACCAAGCGGAUAAAUUCACAGCAGAAGAGGUUGACCAAGCUUUUGCAGUGGCCCCAAUAGAUGUGGCUGGGAAUAUUGACUAUAAAUCACUUUGCUACAUUAUCACACAUGGUGAUGAAAAGGAGGAGUCUUGAAUAAAGGCAAAUCUUUCAUCGGAAGCUCCUCAGUCUGCAAUUCGGUUCAUGUCCGCCCUCAGGCAUCAUUUUUCUUCAUUAUUAAAACCUUUGUUUUGCAUUUCAAAACAAGAUUUUUUUGUUCUGGUAGUGAUAGAUAUAAUAAAGGCGAGGAGUAAUACAAAUCUAUUGCUUGCUGUCAAAUGCAAUUGUAGAUUUAGGGGCAGUGCACUACAAGACAAUGCAGUUUCAUAAGUUUUUAACAAAAAAUAUUGAAUGAUAUGAAGGCUAGCUCAUUGAUUUCCGUUUUAUAAAAAUACAUUUCCAUUAUAUUGUUAUAUUCAGAACACAUACUAUACUGAGCAUAACUAACUGAACAUUAAAGGGUGAGAUAUUUGCUCACUUGUAAAUUCUGUCUGUAAUUAAAAGACUAUAAAUUCAGUCUUUCAUAAUUGUGUGUCGCUUUACAUAAAAGCAAAAUGACUGAAUGGAAAUGUAACUGCUGCCCUCCACAGACGGUUUGUUAAACUGCUGUUUUGUAACUGGAACUUUGUGAGGCCCUUGGAUGUGGCACAUUUCUCAAACCUCUAAUAAACUUUAUACACAGUU